UUCAUGUUUUUUAAUAUAAAUUGAAAUAUAAAUAUCUUUUUACAUCCACAUUAUGGUGAGUUUUUAUAAAUGGAAAUAAUAUUAUUUGCUAAUAAAUAUAUUACUAAGCACAAAGCCUCAGUAAUUACUGACGUUACAUAGAACGUAACAUUUUACGUCCCCACCGUGACUAUCCCCUCCCCCACCCCGCUGGAUUCACACCUGCGACACGGGCUGCGAGAUACUCCAGACACAGCGCGCUGCAGAGGAGAGAAGAUGUCUAAGGAUAAUGAAGAUGAAACUAGUUACAAGUCAUCUACGUAUGGCAGCUCUGGAUGUACAGUGGAUGAUCUGACAGAUGGUCCUGAAAAGACGACUACGAUAGAUGGUCCUGAAAAGAAGACAAAGCUCAACACACGCACAACAGAAGAAUCUCCUUCAAAUUCAGAGUUGAGCGAGGAUGAAUAUAUACCAGAGACAGAGGAAGAAUCAGACUCUGAAUCAGACAAUAAAUGGAGUGAGUGUGUGUCAUCUCAGGCACUCCGAAAUUUGAGCGAGGCAAAAUGGAACUGUCCACAACUUCUUCCCUUUGCUGACGAUGUGAAAAAAAUGCACCAGUAUCUUGACAGACAGAGUAAGGAAUACCAAGCAAAACUUGAAGAAGAACCAAGUAACAAGCACUGGGCAGAACUUGCAAAAGUGACACUCUGUCAGGUGAUACUAUUCAAUUGUAGAAGGGAAGGAGAGGUAUCCAAGAUGGCCCUUAAUGCUUUUAUAUUGAGGAAUACCUCAUCGACUCAUCCAGAUGUAGAGCUUGCUCUGUCAGACCUUGAGAAAAGACUUUGUAAGCACUUCCAGAGAAUCGAGAUAAGAGGCAAACGUGGACGAAAGGUCCCCAUUCUACUUACACCUGAAAUGAUGAAAUCAUUGGAGUUACUGGUGAACCAUCGCCGCGAGUGUGAUGUGCUUGAUGAGAAUGCAUUUGUGUUCGCGAGACCACAAGCCCUCAGCCACUUCAGAGGUUCAGAAGCUAUUCGUGAAAUUGCUCGAAGCUGUGGGGCUAAACAUCCAGAGGCAUUGUCCUCUACUAAACUGAGAAAGCACAUGGCCACCAUGUCCAAGGUCCUCAACUUGAAGGAUAAUGAAAUGGAUGACCUUGCUGACUUUUUAGGACAUGACAUCAGGGUGCAUCGGCAGUUCUACAGGCUACCUGAAGGUACCUUACAGCUGGCGAAAAUCAGCAAAGUUCUAAUGGCCAUGGAACGAGGUCAGAUAGUAGACUUCAAAGGAAAAAAUCUCGAUGAGAUCCAGAUUGAUCCAAAAGAGCUGGUACUGAUGGACAGUGAUGUAUCAGACUCUGAAAAUGAGAAAGCGAUGACUGGAAAUUAUCCUUCAAGUUCAGCAGGCAAGAACGAUAAAAAAGUGCAUCCGAUUGGCAAGGACUUGAGGAAACCACACGCAGCAAAGAGUAAGCUGGUUUUUAAUUAUCUUAUGAAAUGGGUCACACUUUACAUUUUUCUGUGAAAGUUCAGUCAAAAUCAAGUAAUUUCAGUUUGAAAUGGCCAAAUAGAUAGUGUGUGUUUUUCAGUGAUUUGUGUUGGUGGAGCGUUGUUAACAGCAGCAUAGAAGAUAUAAAAUGAACGGAGUGCUCUAAAAAGAAACUGCAUGGAGAGAAUUUAAUUCAAAUUUAUUUGUAUAGCGCUUUUCACAGUUUACACUGUUGCGAAGCAGCUUUACAAAAGGACAGAAUGUGGAAUACACAUAAAACACAACAUUUUAGAAAAAAAAUUAUGGAUCAAUUUGUAGUCCAAAGUUGGCAUCGACUGAAGUC